AAGACAAUAAAAAUUGUUUGUAUUGACAUCGCGUGCGGUUCUUUUUUGUAGCUAAAUUGUAGAUUUAUCCAGAGUUAAACCAAUUCCCAGCACAAAAUGGAAGAUAGCGGCAUAGAUAGCGAGGAUAGGCAGUCGAAUAUCUAUGAGGAUGGGGCCUCAGGCCUGCUGAAAACGGCCAGCGGAGCGCCCAAACAUAUGUCCGAUCUGGAGUUCGAGGUGGCGUUCAGGGGUGCCGGCAAGGUGUAUGCCCCCACGACCAUAGAAAUCGAUGAGGAGGAGGAGGCACGUGGCGGACAUGAGCGCAGCGAGCCACCAAACACCUGCCGCAUACUGCAACGCAAACUGGAGCUGAAGGUCGAGCGUGCCAGGCGCAAUUACACGCAGUUCCAGGAAGAGCAGCAGUGUGCUUGUAUACCCCAGACAACCAAGACACAGUCGUCCACUCUGAUCCCGAUCAAUCGAUUGCCCAUUCCCGGGGAGCCGGAGCACAAGCCGCUGGUCGAUUACAAGUCUGAGAGCAGCGACGACGCCGAGGAGAUAUCCUUCUUUCCCGCCCAACUGAAGCGGGCCAAGCGUCGCCAGCAGGCGAACCACGAACUAACCGAUACUUUUAGCAUACAGGAAAUGACCAUUGACUCGGAUCUGGAGUCGGACGACAGUGCCGGUACGCAGAAUCUCGAGCUCCUGUUGCCCUCCAUGAAGACGACUAUUUUGGAUAAGUUUAGGAACUGCUUCGGCUGCUGGCGGCGAAGGUAAUGCCAGGAGCAGCGGCAUAUCAGUCGGUUAUCAGUCAGGCACAAAUCACGUUAUUGACAGGCACAGGCACUAGAAAUACUAUACGCGUACGAGUAUAUACUACUUGAUAAACUCCAUUGCCAUUGCUACAGAGCUGUAAACAUAGAUUUAUUUGGCAAUAGUAUAAAUGAUUCGAUAAAUAAUAAUCAAUAUCAACAAAAUCCAACAUCAG